UAGUUGAGCUUGUGAGUAUAGCGGUGACUGUGGAUCAUGUAAAAGGAAGAUGUCCGUUAAUUCAUGGGUUGUAAAUCGUGUAUUAACUGAAUUCUCAAAGUAUUGAAAUUAUAGUGCUUGCUCAAAAAUUCUGUGGAAUUGGUGCUCCCGAUCAAGAACAAUGUUGCUGGAAGAGAGUUUUAUACUGUACGGCGUGUUAUCUUUUUUGUUUUUGGAAUAUUUGUGGGAAUUAUACUUAUCGAUACGACAGCACAAGAUUUAUCAACAAGUGGUUAAAGUUCCUGAAGAACUGAAAGAAAUUAUAAAUGAAGAAACAUACAAUAAGGCCCGUGUAUAUGGAUUGGAUAAAAGCUUAUUCAGCAUUGUCGAAGAAGUGUUUGGCGUCGCCACAACUCUUGCCAUCAUUCUGCUGAAUGGUUUUGUACAUUUCUGGAACAUUGCUGGUGUUAUUGUCUCAGACCUGGGUUAUGAUAUGAAUAAUGAAAUCCUUCGAAGUGCUGCAUUGAUGCUUACAAUGAAUGUCUUCAACACUGUUGUCAGUUUACCGUUUUCAAUUUAUCACACGUUUGUGUUGGAGGAAAAUCAUGGCUUCAACAAGCAGACCAUUGGCUUCUUCAUAAAGGACAAAAUAAAGGCUUUCGUUGUUGGCCAAGCGAUAAUGCUCCCACUUAUCUCUGGAGUUGUUUAUAUUGUCAAGAUUGGUGGAAACUAUUUCUUUAUCUACUUGUGGUUGUUUGCAAUGGCUAUGACCUUUAUUCUUCUUACUAUUUACCCCAACUGCAUUGCUCCACUUUUUGAUAAGUAUACACCACUGCCUGAUGGUGAACUGAGAACAUGCAUAGAAGAACUUGCAGCUAGUAUAGAUUUUCCACUAUACAAACUUUAUGUUGUGGAAGGUUCCAAACGCUCCACACACAGCAAUGCUUACUUCUAUGGAUUCUUCAAGAAUAAGCGUAUUGUUCUCUUUGACACCCUGUUGAAGGAUUAUGCACCUGAAGAUGCCAUCAAAAGUGAUGUUAAAGAUGAUCCUGAAUCUGAGAAAAAGGGGUGUGAUAAUGCUGAAGUUCUUGCAGUUUUGGCACAUGAAUUAGGUCACUGGAAGUUAAAUCAUGUAUUGAAAAAUAUAGUCAUCAUGCAGCUGAACCUGUUCUUAAUAUUUUUAGUAUUUGGAUUGCUCUUCCAGUAUGAAGCCAUGUAUCAUGCAUUUGGAUUCCAACAUGAGAAACCAAUAUUAAUUGGCUUUCUGGUGGUUCUUAAGUUCAUCUUCUCACCAUAUAAUGCUGUCUUAAGUUUCCUGAUGACAAUUUUGAGUCGACGGUUUGAGUUUCAAGCUGAUGCAUUUGCCAAGAGCCUUGGAAGAUCAAAGUUUCUCCGCCAAGCCCUGAUUAAGUUGAACAAGGACAACUUAGGAUUUCCAGUAUAUGACUGGAUGUACUCCAUGUGGCAUCAUUCUCAUCCUCCACUCUUAGAAAGACUUAAAGCUCUUGAUAAAAGUGACUGAGCAUUCCAGUGUGGUGUUGUAUUUUGUAAAGAAUGAAAGUGUAAUCAGAUGUAAACGAAUGAAAAACAUAAGUAUAGUAUAAACAUUGGCCCCUCUUUUAUGCAUUGUGAGUACUUAAGCUUUGAAUGUGUAAUCUGACAUGAAAUUG